CGGGCUGACUGCGGGGCCGGCGCGGAUGGCGGGCGGCGCGGGCUGGGCGGGCGCCCCCGCGGCUCUGCUGCGCUCCGUGCGCCGCCUGCGCGAGGUGUUCGAGGUGUGCGGCCGCGACCCCGACGGCUUCCUGCGCGUGGAGCGCGUGGCGGCGCUCGGCCUGCGCUUCGGCCAAGGCGAAGAGGUGGAGAAACUUGUCAAGUACUUGGAUCCCCACGACCUGGGCAGGAUCAACUUCAAGGACUUUUGCCGGGGGGUGUUCGCCAUGAAAGGGUGCGAGGAGCUGCUGCGGGACGUGCUGUCCGUGGAGAGCGCGGGAACGCUGCCCUGCGCGCCUGAGAUCCCCGACUGCGUGGAGGAGGACAGCGAUAUCUCAGCCCCCAGCUUCGCUGAUGGCGAGUUCAUCCCCACGGAGUCCGGCUUCUUCCCCGAGGACGAGGAGGAGGCGAUGACACUGGCCUCUCCUGAGGGCCCGCAGGAGUCAGACAUGGACAGCCCCAUGGAGAGUACCCAGGGCCUGGAGGGCUCCAUCGGACAUGCGGAGGAGAAGGCCCGGGAGCUUGGCGGCCUGUUUCUGCCUGAUGACAAGUCUCUAAUGCAUGCCCCUUCUGUGACGACGUCGGACUUGUCCACACACUCCACUGCCUCCCUCAUCAGCAACGAGGAGCAGUUUGAAGACUACGGAGAGGCCGAUGAUGUGGACUGUGCUCCCAGCAGCCCCUGCCCCGACGAUGAAACCAGAACCAACGUCUACUCGGACUUGGGCUCGUCCGUGUCUUCCAGCGCGGGUCAGACCCCCAGGAAGAUGCGGCACGCCUAUAAUAGUGAGCUGCUUGACGUGUACUGCGCCCAGUGCUGCAAGAAGAUCAACCUGCUCAACGACCUGGAAGCCCGGCUCAAAAGCCUCAAGGCCAAUAGCCCCAACCGCAAGAUCUCCAGCACAGCCUUCGGACGGCAGCUCCUGCACAACAGCAACUUCAGCAGCAGCAACGGCAGCACCGAGGACCUGUUUCGGGACAGCAUUGACUCCUGUGACAAUGACAUCACAGAGAAGGUGAGCUUCCUGGAGAAAAAGGUGACGGAGCUGGAGAACGACAGCCUGGCCAAUGGCGACCUGAAGAGCAAGCUGAGGCAGGAGAACACGCAGCUGGUACACAGGGUACAUGAGCUGGAGGAGAUGGUGAAGGACCAGGAGACCACAGCCGCGCAGGCGCUGGAGGAGGAGGCCCGGCGACACCGCGAGGCCUGCAGCAAGCUGGAGCGGGAGAAGAGCACGGAGCUGGAGCUGCUGCACAGCAGGGUACAGCAGCUGGAGGAAGAGAACACGGAGCUUCGAACGACGGUGACUCGGCUCAAGUCGCAGACGGAGAAGCUGGAUGAGGAGCGGCAGCGCAUGUCCGACCGGCUGGAGGACACCAGCCUACGGCUCAAGGACGAGAUGGACCUGUAUAAGCGCAUGAUGGACAAGCUGCGGCAGAACCGCCUCGAGUUCCAGAAGGAGCGCGAAGCCACCCAGGAGCUCAUUGAAGACCUGCGGAAGGAGCUGGAGCACCUGCAGAUGUACAAGCUGGACUGCGAGCGGCCAGGUCGCGGCCGCAGCUCAUCCGGCCUAGGCGAGUUCAACGCCAGGGCCCGCGAGGUGGAGCUGGAACAUGAGGUCAAGCGGCUGAAGCAGGAGAACCACAAGCUGCGGGAUCAGAACGACGACCUGAACGGCCAGAUCCUGAGCCUCAGCCUCUACGAAGCCAAGAACCUGUUUGCCACCCAGACCAAAGCGCAGUCCCUGGCGGCAGAGAUCGACACGGCCUCCCGCGACGAGCUCAUGGAAGCCCUGAAGGAGCAGGAGGAGAUCAACUUCCGGCUGCGGCAGUACAUGGACAAGAUCAUCCUGGCCAUCCUGGACCACAACCCCUCCAUCCUGGAGAUCAAGCACUGAGCCCCGGGGGUGGGCUGCAGGGCAGUCCCCAGACCCUGGGCCGCGGGCGCAGGCGGGCCACUCACCCCCACCCCGUCGAUGCAUCCGUGCCCACCAUGUGUCCCACAUGCCAGUGUCUGUGUGCACGCGCCAGGCGUGAGUGGGGCCGUGGUUGGGGGUGACCCGUCCAUGCACUUUAGCCCCUUGGGCCAGGGGCAGUGGGAACUGGAAAGGGAAGGGGCAAGGGCCGCUCCUGGGAGUCCCUGUGAGAGUGAGAACUGGAAGCCUGUAUGUUGGGUCCUGGAUAAAUGAUUCUACCUCUGGGGAUUAGGAUUAUAAAGUGAGUGAGAUGGUCUCUGCCCCUUCUCCUUCCCCAGCCACAAGUGGGGAGUGGGGAGCUCAGAGAGGAUCUGGGGGAGCCUGCAGAGGGGGUCCUCGCUCGCACGGGCCCUGGCCAGCAGCCCCCAUGAGGCAGGUACACAGUACCCCAGGGGCUCAGGCCUGCAGAGGAGCAGGCUGAGUGCUCAGCAUUUUUAGGGUUCUUCAUGCACGCCCCAUCUGACCACUUCUGCCUUCCCCUUCUUGGUUUUAACACAAUGAAGAGAAAAGCAGCAUUCACUUGGCAUCAGAUGGCAGGACAAAACGAAGUGGGGGAGAAAGGAAGGCAAAUGUUGCGGGUGGGCAACCAAAGAACUGAUGGGGGAUGGGUGUGGCUCCUAGCAGGUCAGGUUGGGACAGGUGUGGGACUGGGUCAUCCUGCAUCACCUGCCAGUUCCCCUCCUCCACUCGGUCUGGGGAGGGCGGCCCUAGGUUCUGGGUUUCUGAAGCUGAGCUCUGGGCCAUUUGUCGGGGGUUUUAGAAACACCUGUGUCGGGCGGGAAGGUCGCAGGAAAUCCUAGUCUUCCACCCUGUGAGCACUGGCAGGACUGACGCCUCGGGUCUGUGCUGCGAUGCUGCGCUCCGCAUGGCAGGGGCUUGGCGCCGGGUUUGCUCCCAGUCCUCCAGUGUGUCCCCUCGGUGCGGGGUCUCCUUCCUUUAGACGCUUGUGGGCUGGUUUUCUUCCAUAUACCUUGCAUGAACGCAGGGUUGGGGCAUGGAAGGUCCAGGGCUACAGGAGUCUAGGGCCUGCCAAAGGGGGGCUGUGGGCCAUCCGGGCUUCCAGCUGCUCAGUAGGCUUAUACACUUGCCGGAUUGUGCUUCCUCCUAAUCCGAUGUUGGAGUCCAUUCAGGCUGCAGAAAAUAGGUUACAUGGCUCCGACCCAGGACUCUGGGCCCAGGAACCCAGGAGCCCAGGCCGGGGGCUGGGGCUCCAAGGGCCAGUGGACAGGCAGUGAAAAGCAUGAGACGGGCCAGGGAAGGCCAUGCGGCUAGCUGGCCAGCGGCUGGCUUCCUCAGGGAAGGAGCUUCCGGCCCGUGGGCAGCAUGUUGCUCGAGGCACUCAUGCUCCCAGCUGCCCUGGUGGGGCCAGAGCUGCCCCCAUCACAGCUGAGGGAGGGGAGGACUAUCGGCCUGCCAUGUUGUGCAGACUGUGGAAGUGCUGUGGGGACAGACUGUGCAGAGUCAGAAAGUGCUAGAGGGGCUUGUGGGACAGGGGCUGGGUUCCACACGGCACGCACGCCACGUCCAGCCUCCUGUCAUCUCUGAAUGUGUCUUAGAAAGCCUCGUCUGCCAACUUGGCGUUUUAAGAUCAUGUACUUUUUUUGUUGUUGUUUGGUUGGGUUUUUUUUUUUUGGAUUUAUUUAUUUGAAAGACAG